CCACGAUCGUGAUAACAACAGAAGUAGAUCAACAGCAAAAGGAAAUCAUGGCUGACACAAAGGCAGUGAUCAAAAACACCGAUAUGAGUGAGGAGAUGCAGCGGGAGGCGGUGAACUGUUGCACUGAAGCCAUACAGAGGUACAGUGUGGAGAAGGAUGUGGCUGCACAUAUCAAGAAGGAGUUUGACAAACGCUACAACCCGACGUGGCACUGCAUUGUGGGACGGAAUUUUGGCAGCUACGUCACACAUGAAACAAACAACUUCAUUUAUUUGUACCUCGGUCCAGUUGCGGUGCUACUGUUCAAGUCCGGUUGA